AUGCGUCUCUGGCCGAAAGAGAAAACGAGCAAAAAAACCAAAGAUGACUCUCCGAAGACGCAAAAACCAGCCAAGCCCCUGGCUUCUGCUGCCAUCCCGCAGCUGACUGACGCGGAGAGGAGAGCGCAGUCUCCGUUUGAGAGGAUCGUCUAUGACAUGACCCACAACGAGAAGAUCGUCAAUGACCUUGUGCUCGGUCGAAGGAUCGGCUUUUACGAGCUGCGUGGAGAAAUCGGGCAAGGCAACUUCUCUACAGUCAGGCUGGGCAUCCAUGCCCUGACGAAAGAGAGAGUAGCUGUUAAAAUCAUGGACAAGCUGCAUCUGGAUAAGAAGAAACAGCCUCUGACUUCCUCAGAGAUCAGCUGCAUGGAGAAGCUGUGCCACCCCAACAUCGUGCGCCUUUAUGAGGUGAUGGAGACGAGCCGGAAGCUGUAUCUGGUCAUGGAGUACGGCAGCGGUGGAGACUUGUUCUCUCGAAUCACCACGAGGGGGAAGCUUAACGACCUGGAAGCCAAGCUGGUCUUCGCACAAAUCAUCUCUGCUGUUAAGCACAUGCACGACCGCAACAUCAUCCACCGAGACCUGAAACCGGAGAAUAUCUUCUACACCACCAGCUUUUGCAUCAAAGUUGGGGAUUUUGGUUUCAGCACAGAGAGCAGCCCUGCUGAGCUUCUCACCACCUUCUGUGGCUCUCCGCCCUACGCUGCUCCUGAACUUUUUAAGGAAAAGGGAUACGUCGGACGUUACUCAGACAUUUGGGCUUUAGGUAUUCUCUUGUACUUCAUGACAACAGCAACUUUACCCUUUUAUGGGGAAAAUCUGGGCAGGCUGAAGCGCUGCAUCCUCCAGGGGGCUUACCGUAUCCCCUCUUAUGUGCCAGAUCCGUGCCAGCUGGUGAUCAAAGGCAUGCUGCGGAUUGUGCCUGCUGAUCGCUCCUCUUUAACGCAGAUUUCAGACAGUGCUUGGCUGAAGGGGAUUGAGUUCCCUCGUCCCUAUACGCCGUUGCCACUGUCUCCUGCUCACUUUGCACAGACAAAUCAGACUCUGUGCGUGGAAGAGCAAGAGGUAAAGAGUUUGCUGUCGGAUCUCGGGGUCGUGGCGCUUCAUUUCCAGAAUAACCCCUGCUUGGACUGCAGGAAUCCACUGACAGGGGCCUAUCGCAUCCUCCUCCAUCGAGUCCAGAAGAGGAGGUCGGUCGAGGCUGUGGGUUACUCUGUGCUCAAACCAGAUGAGUACGAGAGUCCGAGCAAGUGGUCUGCAGCAGCAGUUGACAAACACAAUCCUUCCACUGUAUGUGCAAUACUAUAACGACAAAGAGCUGCACCCGACUCCUUCAUUUGUGGCACCAAAGCGACUUUAUCACAUGU